AUGGUCUCCUUUCACAAAGCGCUGGCCGAGAGUCCAAGGCCUGAAAUUCAUGCAGAAUUUGAAGCAUCAUCAAAGAAGAGAAAAUGGGAAGAGCCAUUUGCCGAAGACUUCUUCAAGGAUCAAACGACUAUUGAGAAAAAGAAAUCUAUCUUUGAUAUAGAGAUUCACCCUGAGACCCCUUUUUCUUCAGAUAAAUGGCGCCAAUACCUCACUAUUCAGUCAGGGCAGAUACAGUUGUGUAACACACGAACAACAUCAGAGGACCACAAAAGAAGCCCCGAACCACCAAUUUCUCAUCACAUGAGUUUAGACCUUGAGCUGAAUUUGACAUGUGAAUCACUGAGGAAAAAAGAAGACAGUAACAAUAUGAAUGAGAAGCAGAGUUCUGGUUCCCCAGGAGGUUGGAGUGAACGUGAUCAGGAUCUGUUCAUUGAACCGAGCAAGUGUAAGAAAGAUUCAGAAGGUAUAAUUAUUCGUUCUCCCUCGUGGCUGUCAUCAACUGAGGAAGAUUACAAAGAGAUGGUUGCAACAGUUUGCAUGCGGUGCCAUAUGUUGGUAAUGCUUUGCAAAUCCUCUCCUUCCUGUCCUAACUGCAAAUUCAUGCACCCACCAGAUCAGAACCCUUCAAAAUUCUUGAAGAAAAGGUGCAGUCUUUUCUGCUAG